AUGUUACAGCAAAACUCUGUUAUUGUUGACUUGAACGGCGGUUUGGUUGAAGGCAUAGUUGCGAGCUCAUGUGUGACAGAGUUUUAUCACGUAUUUGAGCUUAAAACUAGACCUCUGCUUGACUUUGUUCCAUUCCAGGAUUCCUGGCCUCUUGGAUUGUACAUUCCUAUGAAGCUAGCAAUGUCAAAGUUGAACAUGAACGACGGUGGACAACGGACUUCACGAGCCGCUAUUCUCGUGAGAAAACUUUUGGAUAGAUCCUUGUGA